AUGGGCAUAGAUAAAAAGAGUCUAAGGACUCUGCUGCUGUACGAAUUCAAAUGCGGCAGAUCUCCACAGCAGGCAGCUGAAAACAUAAACAGAACAGAAUCUUGCCAAGCCAUUGGAGCGCGCACUGUCAAAAGAUGGUUUGAUAAAUUCUCAGCAGGUGACACAAGUUUAACAGACAAAAAAAGGCCUGGGCGGCCUGUCACUGUCUCCAAAGAGAAGCUGGAGGAGCUGAUAGAGAAGACCCCAAGUGCAACAUGCAAAUAUCUAGCAAAUGAGCUGGGGGUGUGCCGCUCCACGGUUCAAAAACAGCUGAAAGAGCUUGGAAAGCGGAAGAACUCAAACGAAUGGAGGCACUUCAGCAACUGA